AUGUGGGAUAAUUUUAAACUGAUAUCAAAAACACAUGACCAAGAUUCAGAUGCUGAUUUACAUAUGCAAUCAUGGAAAGAGUCCGUGUUUAUUGGCAGAAAAAUUACAAGAUAUCUAUGCUUAUCUAAAACAGAAGGGAUUUCAGAUUACAUUGUAGUAAAUAUAAAUAUAAUUAAUGAAAAAGAAUGUCCUCCUGAUGGUUAUUGUUUAAUUCCCAGAACUAUUGACAGUGAUCAAAAAGCCUGGCGAAAACGUCAAYUAUGUUACAAAUUAACUAGAAAAAGUCAAGCUUCACAUGCAAUUACUGAUAUUAUACUAUUAAGUCGAUCAAAGAAAGCACCAGAAGGUUUUAAUUUAGUUGGGGAUUUAAAUGGCUUAACACUUUGUUAUAAGACUAGUCCUCAAUCUCCAGAUGUGCCAUUACCGUCAUUGAGUUAUGGAUUAGCGCCAACAUUGUCAACAGAAAACGWUCCAAACAGUAACGGGUCCUUAAGUUCACUUCCUAGUUUAGAAUCUAGUGUUAAUGUAUUAUCCCAUGAUUAUGAUCGACUAAUGUCAUUAAAACCUACACGGCCAGCACCAAAAUUACCUCCAACAUAUUCAUCUUCUAACUAUUCUACAAUAAAUUCUUAUCAAGGGUUAGAAGGUAUUCCA